AUGAAGCUGUCCGGCAAUCCUCCGCAUGACUGGGGCAGCCCCUGGAAGAGGUUCCUGCUCACAGAUGGACCUGGAUCAGUGAUAACAUCAUCAUAUCCAGAACCAUACGAGGGCACUGUUGUGAGUGACCUCAACUAUUCUGUGGUCCUGCGAUGUUUGGCUACACCAAAUCCCAGUCCCCUGAUCACCUGGUCCUUUAACGGCAACAUGUGUGGGGUCCAUGACAAGUACAUUAUCCGGAGACUGACUCAGAAGGACCUGGGCAACUACACGUGCACGGCUCAGAACAGCGUGAGCCUGAUGGUCUCCAAUCCCAUCCGGGUGCAGCUGCCCAAGCCCCCUUCAGAGGACACUGACACAGACAUCGAACCCGAUCCCAUCUACUCCCUCUCUGGAGGUCCUGCCAUUGGCCUGACCAUUGCCAGAAUCACAGGGAUAAGCAGCUUCAUUGGGGGCAUAAUGUACUCUGUGAUCAAAAGGAUGGCAUUGAAGAAAGGAAGAACCAGCAAAUGUGGGUGUUUCUGA